AUGCUGAGCCUUCGUGCUGCCCGCGCCUCGCCGCUGAUUGCUGCUGCGCUGCCCGCCACUGCUGCUGCUGCUGCUGCUACUGCUGCUUCGUCGAGCGUCCAAGUCCGCACGUACGCGUCCAAGGAGCUCAAGUUUGGCGCCGAUGCCCGCAGCGCAAUGCUCAAGGGCGUGCACAAGCUGGCCGACGCUGUUGCCGUCACGAUGGGUCCCAAGGGCCGCAACGUGAUUAUCGAGCAGCCCUACGGCGGCCCCAAGAUCACCAAGGACGGUGUCACGGUCGCCAAGGCCAUCGAGUUCAAGGACAAGUUUGAAAACCUCGGCGCCCGCCUCGUCCAGGACGUUGCCUCCAAGACCAACGAUCUGGCUGGCGACGGCACCACCACCGCCACCAUCCUCGCCCGCGCCAUCGCUGCCGAGGGCUUCAAGAGCGUCGCUGCCGGCCUCAACCCCCUCGACCUCCGCCGCGGCAUCCAAUCUGCCGUCGACGUUGUCGUCAAGGGCCUCAAGGACCUCAGCAAGCCCGUCACCACCUCGGAGGAGAUUGCCCAGGUCGCCACCAUCUCGGCCAACGGCGACCGCGAGAUUGGCAACCUCAUUGCCAAGGCCAUGAAGACUGUCGGCAAGGACGGCGUCAUCACCGUCAAGGACGGCAAGACGCUUGUCGACGAGCUCGAGGUCACCGAAGGCAUGCGCUUUGACCGCGGCUUCAUCUCGCCCUUCUUUAUCACCAACACCAAGGCCCAGCGCGUCGAGUACCAGAACGCCCUCGUCCUCCUCAGCGAGAAGAAGAUUAGCUCGAUGGCCCAGAUCGUCCCCGCCCUCGAAAUUGCCGUGUCCCAGCGCCAGCCCCUGAUUAUUGUCGCUGACGACGUUGACUCGGAGGCUCUCUCGACCCUCGUCGUCAACAAGCUCCGCGGCCAGCUCCAGGUCGUCGCUGUCAAGGCCCCCGGCUUUGGUGACAACCGCAAGAACACUUUGCACGACAUGGCCAUCCUCACUGGCGGCAAGGUCAUUGGCGACGACGCCAUCGACAUCAAGCUCGAGGACAUUACUCCCGACUGCUUUGGCAAGGUCGGCGAGCUCGUUGUCACAAAGGACGACACCCUCUUCCUCAACGGCUCCGGCUCCAAGCAGGACAUUGAGACCCGCUGCGA